UUAAGCAGUUACUAGAUGAGGUUAAUAAGUUCCAGGCUGAUGCAAGUUCUUCCGCAGAAAGCAACCCUAAUGAAGAAGCAACUACCUCCACUGCUGCAGGUUUGAGUGAGCAUUAUGCUAGGAAUGCAAAAGUUGUAGUACGUUCUGCAGCCUCAUCUAAGCGACAACCAGGAGAGUUUGAACUGCGCUUGCCCAGCAUGGGUCUAUUUAUCAGCAAGACUAGUCAUCAAAACUGCUUUCUACGUAUACUUAAGGUUGUUAUACAGCUCCGUGAAACGGCCAGGAAAGCUGGAAGAUCUCAAAGAAAUGCUGGGCGUACUCUAGGAGUGUCUAACUUAGCAGCCACAGUUGCAGCACUUGAGGCAGAAGCUAAUGAAAUUAUGCAACUAAUGAACAGAAGAGGUUUAGGCAGCGAGGGCAGCAGACAAGCACCACUUAUAGUAGAAUCU